AUGUCAUCGUCCGGCCCCGCCCCGGGCCAAUCGGAGGCCAGCUGGAAGCAAGAGAUCCUCGGCAAGCUGCGCAAGGAUGACCGGCCCCAGACCGAGGACGUGCUCAACACCAAGGGCAACGACUUCGAAGACUACUUUCUCAAGCGCGAGCUGCUCAUGGGCAUCUUCGAGGCCGGCUUCGAACGGCCGUCGCCCAUCCAGGAGGAGGCCAUCCCCAUCGCCCUGACCGGCCGCGACAUUCUCGCGCGCGCCAAGAACGGCACGGGCAAGACGGCCGCCUACGUCAUUCCCUCGCUCGAGAAGCUCAACACGAAAAAGAACGUCAUCCAGGCCGUGCUCCUCGUCCCGACGCGCGAGCUGGCGCUCCAGACGAGCCAGGUUGCCAAGACGCUCGGCAAGCACCUCGGCGUCGAGGUCAUGGUCACCACCGGCGGCACGACGCUGCGCGACGACAUCCUCCGCCUCGGGCAGACGGUCCACCUGCUCGUCGGCACGCCCGGACGCAUCCUCGACCUCGCCGGCAAGGGCGUCGCCGACCUCAGCCAGUGCACCACGUUUGUCAUGGACGAGGCCGACAAGCUCCUCUCGCCCGAAUUCACGCCCGUCAUGGAGCAGCUGCUCAGCUUCCUCCCCAAGGAGCGCCAGGUGAUGCUCUUCUCGGCCACCUUUCCGAUGAUCGUCAAGGACUUCAAGGACAAGAACAUGGUCAAGCCCUACGAGAUCAACCUCAUGGACGAGCUCACGCUGCGCGGCGUCACCCAGUACUAUGCCUUUGUCGAGGAGCGGCAAAAGGUCCACUGCCUCAACACGCUCUUCUCCAAGCUGCAGAUCAACCAGUCGAUCAUCUUCUGCAACUCGACCAACCGCGUCGAGCUCCUCGCCAAAAAGAUCACCGAGCUGGGCUACUCGUGCUUCUACUCGCACGCCAAGAUGCUCCAGUCGCACCGCAACCGCGUCUUCCACGACUUCCGCAACGGCGCCUGCCGCAACCUCGUCUGCUCCGACCUCCUCACCCGCGGCAUCGACAUCCAGGCCGUCAACGUCGUCAUCAACUUUGACUUUCCCAAGAACGCAGAGACCUACCUCCACCGCAUCGGACGGUCCGGACGCUUUGGCCACCUCGGCCUCGCCAUCAACCUCAUCACCUACGAGGACCGCUUCAACCUCUACCGCAUCGAGCAGGAGCUGGGCACCGAGAUCCAGCCCAUCCCGAGCAACAUCGAUAAGCGCCUCUACGUCGCCCCCUCGCUCAUCCAGAACGAGGGCGACGAGCGCCGCCAGGGCCAGAACGGCGGCGGCAACGGCAACGGCGCCGGCGCAAACGGCAGGCAGCAGGAGGGCCGCCCCGUCAUUCCGCCCGGCCAGGCAGCCAUGCACGCCGCCUCGAUCCCGCAGAGCCAGGACUUACCCAGACGGUGCCUCGUAUAA